AGAUUGAUGAGUGCAAGGAAAUGUACAACCCCGCAUUUCGUGGAGAGAGCAGCGAAAUGCAUCGGGCUGUUCGCCAGGCGGUGGUUCAGGAUACGGGGAAGAUGCGGCGCGACCAUAUUGACGACACGAGAAGGCUCCGGUCCGACGUGCAUGGUCUGCGCUCACUUGUGAGGGCGAUGAGAGACAACCAGCACAGGCACCAGCAGCAGACGGACCCUCUCGUCCAGGAGCUGCAGAAGCAAAACGCCGAACUGCGUCAAGCGAACGAGCUGCUCAUCGAGCAGAACAAGCUGCUGAUCGAGCAAAACAACCUGCAUCUCCUGCAGCUCGAGAAGGGCAAGCAGCAGAUCGAGAACACCAAGCAACAGCUUGAGCAAGGAAAGCAACAGCUCGAGAAGAGCAUGCAGAUGUUGAGCAGACCGAGCAACUGAAGCAGCUCUUAAACCAGAAGCACGCGUCUGCACAGACUGCCGACCCCGCUUCCCCGAAGAAGAAGCGAGACAGGCUCGCGUGGCGUUCAAAGGGCCAGCAACAUUGCCGAUGGUUUUGGGCGGGAGGGAAGAGCACUGGAGAGUCCUCCGUCCAUUCUGUUCCUGUUUCAAUUUUUCCUGUUUUCUGUUUCGCCUCUCUCGCGGUCUUGAUGAUGUGGUUGUCUGAUCUUGCCUGCUUCUUCUGUGGCGAUCAUCCGCGGGGAUACGGACAACAAUAUGGCUGAUGGGGGUUGGGAUCAAGGUUCUGGGACGGCGCACAUGAUGGGUAUGAGGUCCAGGCUGGCAAUCACAUGGUAUGGCGUCGGGAUUGUAAGGACUCAUUUGGCCGGCUCGUGAUAGGGGAGGUACGGAGUAAUUACCUAGGUAUCGGAGCCAUUAAUUCCUUCUUACUGUGAUAAACAUCUAUUGCGCAGCGUGUUGUGUGGGAUGCAGAAUGCAACAGAGGAGGAGAAUGAAUCUGGUGAUGAACUGCGUGGUGGUCUGGGAGUGUAAGGAAGGUGAAGAACCUGGAAGGUGGCAGAAACCGGUAAGUUUGGUGGCUUGAGGGUUGGUUGUUCAGGGGGUCGUUUUCUGGUUAGGUAAGGUACUCAAGG